UUUGUGUGACAGCCGGACCCGCCUCAGCACUUUACUACGGCACAAGACAUUAUUUUACUAAGUUAAAUGAGUUGGCAGCUUUGGAACUUGUAGUCCAGGUAAAGUGUUAAUAAACUGUAGACUGACACUAUAACGCUAUAUGCUGCACUCUUAAAAGAGGACUUUAAACACUGUUAUCUUAAACGGGACACUUCAGACUCUUCACAUCCCGAACAACAGGAGCUGAGUGUUCUUCAGUGAAAAUAAUCCAGUGGACUCAGACCCCAUGGAGAAAAUGUCUGAGACGGGUCUUUGCAAUUUGCAGCAGUCAGACGUUGAUGUGGAAGUUGCAGACAAAAGACAGGAAGAUGUCCAUGAGACCCAUUUGUCGUCCUUGGAGCUUGGUGUGGAAAAUAGGUCAGGUUCAAGCGAGGAUGUUACACACACAGAUGACAGCUCCUAUUACGUCACAUGGACAGUUUACAUUGCUCUAGCUGUCCCAGGAGGAGAAGAAAUUGAUGUCCCUGAAGCUCCUGGAAAGGCUAAGAACACAAAUAAGGAUUCAUCUACUGUUUUGGUGAAAGCCCAUAAAGCUCAGAGCAGCUAUCAUAUUGAAUACAAGUUGCCAGGUGAUACAGAGACAGUCAAAUUGGACCUAGUAGUGUUUGGGCCAGUAGCAAAAAUGUACAAAGAAGAUGAGUUCAAGAUUCUAAGAACAUGGCAUGAAGGAGAUCAGACAUGGGUUGGUUGGACCCAGGAUUUCAACGUCAGAGUCAACAGGGACAUGUUGAUCGGUCUACUCCCUCAUAAGAUCAAGCUCCAGAUAUGGAACAGUAAGGAGAAACUGUCCAGCCAGGCCCGCUACGAAAGACUGAAAGCCUUAAGACUGCCUCAGGCUGAGCUUGAAGAUGCAACCCACAUGUGUGGUGGCAUCAAGACUAUGGUAAACAAACUGAGAACCUUGUGUGAGAGGAAGUCAAACACAUCCAAAAAGCACAAAAGUGAUAUCUUGUUUGAUUCUAACUCAGAGGUGCACCCCAAAACAGGAUUUCAAAAACCCACAAUCGAUGCUUUCGAACUUGAAGAGAUCAAAAAGAAUGGCACUGCCUCAGCUGAAAUCAGUCCCAUUUAUUUGUUAGCAGGUGAGACCUCAUUGACUGAACGUUUCCCAGUCUGUUCAUCUGGUGUAUUUGAGGUCAUAUGCAACAUCUCUCUAGACAGACCACUAAUAUCUGAACAACUUAGGGCCGAACUCAAUCCAAUGGUCAUCACAAUCUUGUCAGCCACCUCAAUGCCUUCAUCCCCGGUCCCUUUCAUCAUCCUGCAGGACAAAUGUGCGCCCGUCUAUUGCCAGUACAAGUUCCACAACUUGAGCAUGCACAGAACAAACUAUCACAAGCAUGGCACCAACAUCUACUUCCGAGAUGUGAAUGUGAUCCUGACUGGCCUUAUGAGUCCUGAAGAGCUCAGAGAGUUCUUCUCCGGCCCUCCUCUGGAGAUAGAGGUGCAUGAUCGUGACAGAAAGUUGGAAGAAACGCCAAAAACUCCAGCAGUGUCUUGCACAAACUCAGAUGAUGACAUUCUGUGUGGUGCAGUACUAUUAAAACAGAAGACAGCAAUCAUUAACUCCUACGGUAUUGCAAGCCUGAACCUAUCUGAGCUGCUACUUGGGAAGAAAAACCUAAAGGUGCACUUACCAAUCAGAUGCUGCCCUCUACCUCCGCUGCUGGACAGGGAGCGAAGUGCAAGGGGCAACAGGAUGACAGACACAGCAGCUAGCAGAGAGCCCAUGCCACAAGGUCAUUAUUUUGACGCCAAUUCUCAACUCAAAGUCAAGGUUGAGAUAGCUUGUCCACUCAGCGUUAAGAACGGCAGCAGUGAGUCCUGUGAUGGUCCAUUUGGGCGUAUCGUCUACCUCUUUGAUUACAACAACUUCUCUGCGAUGACUGAGCUGAGGUCAGAGAUCCUCAGAAUAAAUGCAUCCGCUUUCCAUCUGGGGUCACGUUCCCUGGAAAAUGUAGAGAAAGCCCUAUCAAAUUACAUAAUGAAUUUCAAGCACGACGAGAGCGAGGAUCUGGAUUUUGUUACGGGAUUCCACGUGCUAGAUAAGAGGAUGCACAUCUUUGUUCUUGAAGGGCUGAAACAUAAAGCAGUGAGGAGGCUUUGGGAGGCUGUUCCUAUGAAGCUAAGUGGGAGUGAGGAGGAGCAGGUGAUAGUCCUCUACAACUCAAACCUGGGUUUCUUCAAGCGCAUCUAUGACUCAUUAGAUGUGGGCCUGACUCCUAUCCGUAUAUAUGAGUCACUAGAGACCAUCAUGAGACAGCCUCUGGUCUACAUUAGAGGCAUGGUCCCCCAACCCUGCUUUCAGGCUUUGUCAAGGUUAAGCCAGCUUUGUCAAGUAAGGCAACUCAAAGAUGCGGUGCAGUACAACCUCUUCCCCUCAGCUGACAUGAUCCUCAGCAUGAGCAAGGAAUAUGGCACAUAUGCUGAGCAGUGGGAGCAAAAAGCCAGUGCAGACACUCAGGUGCACAUGAUGCCCACUCUGCCCGUCCGGAUGAAAAGACACGAAGCACUCAACACACUCAACAGAGAGUACACAAAAUGGAAAGGCAGCAGCCAGCAGCUGGCGCUCAGACAGUGCAAGGACUACAUUCAGGAUAAUAUCAAAAAGGUGCAAGAGGAAAGUGAGCGGUUACAGAAGCCAGAGGCUGCUGUGUUAAGGGUGGAACAGUCUACAACCAGGCCAGCACACAACUACAGCAUCCAGACCUUCAACUCAAAUGAGCAAGCCAAGGAGCUGCUCCGCAAAAAGAUGGCCCAGGUGCGGGGCCGGAGGUUCACCUACAGUCAGCAGUAUCACAGUGCUACAGUGGAGCCAGGGGACGUGACUCCUAAAAAUGACCCCCGCUCCGCUGCUGCCUCUACCGCUUGGUUCACAAGCAUGAGCGGUGACAAGCCCAAAGUGCACCCCAAACACCCAGAUGAGGCUCGGGUGGAGGAGCUGAGGAAGCCAUGGAGAGAGAACAUCCUACAUGCCAACAUAUUGAAGCCCACACUUUCACGGGACAUAUGGGCCUCGAGCCAGUGCCAGGAGGACUUUCAGCUCUAUAACAAGCCUCGGCCUUUCUUCAGCCCACCUACUGUCACCAUUCACCUGGCUGGAGACCUUCUGCAGCAGGAGCAGCUCGAGGCAGCCAGAGAUCAGUACAGUCGCUGGCUGAAGAAGCUGCUCCCUGGCGACAGCGCCGACCCACCGGUCAACGGCCCCUUCCCAGAGUUCAAGUGUCACAUGGGAGGAAACUCACAGAUAAUUGAGGAUAUACUGAAAGACAAACCUAGGAAGUUUUCACUGAGGAAACCGGGAAUGAUGCUGAAGCCUUUGCCUAAACUGUCUGUGUUGAACUCGGGUGAUGACAAAGCAGGGGAAAAGAAGAGUGUGGCUCUGGCUCCAGGUCCCUGUAUGGACUGCAGCCUCAGCAGCAAAAACAACGCCAUCGCCAGACACAUCUCGCUGUACAACAAGUACCACUACAUGGGAUUCAGUAAGCAGCAUUCAUUCCUGUACAAGCGGACUGCCCUGCCUCUGACGGACGAGGAGAGGAGUAUCUUCACCUUUCAGAAGUACAAGACAUGA